CUUUUUUCAGCACUGGCUGCAAAUUCAAAAACACAUGUUUUUAUUUGCUUUUAUUUUGCGGCAUUUUGUCAAAUAAUGUUGCGCAUUACACAAACGAAAAACACGCUGCUCGAUGGCGCUACCAUUGCCGAGCAACUAUAUACGACGCCCAAGGAUUGCGAGGAUUUCUUCGAGAGCAUAGAGAAGCCAACUGAGGUUGUGGCUGCACCUCGCUCCACCUUUAUACGCGCCGGCGUUCUGACUACGGUACGUGGAUCUGCGUACAUGGAAUAUGGCAAUACGAAAGUGCUGGCCAUCGUGGCACCGCCCCGUGAGCUCGUCCGUUCCAGUGCCCGGCGUGUGAAUAUGGGCGUCAUCAAUUGCUAUGUGAACUUUGCGGCGUUUGCCAGCGGCGAGCUGGAAUCGGUGCCGGAGCGCGAAAAGCAUUUGGGCAGCAUGCUGACCAAGGCACUGGAGCCGCUCGUCUGCCGUAAUGAGUUCCUCAACUUUCAGCUGGACAUCCGAGUGCUCAUCUUGGAUGACGAUGGCUGCCUGCUGAGCACCGCGAUCAAUUGCUGCGGCGUGGCACUGAUCGAAUGCGGCAUAUCCACAUAUGACCUGAUAACCGCCUCCACGGCGUGCAUCUACCGCGGCUAUGUCUUUGUCAAUCCCAGUGCCAAGGUGGAGGAACUGCUUUGGCAGCAUCGCGGCGGCAAUGCUCUCGUGGGCAGCAGCAGCAGCGACAGCAACAAAGAAGCUGCAAUACAGGAGCAUGGACUGUUGAUUAACGCCAGCAUGGACACCUUUGAGCAGCUGGCGCAGUGCCAACAGUGCGGCUAUCUCAAGCCCGAGACCUAUGUCAGGCUGCUCGACUAUACCCUGGAGAUUAACAAGUCGCUGCGCCAGCUGAUACGCCGCGUGCUAACCGAGCGUGUCAAGGAGCAGCACAUAUUGGAUAUGCGUGAGCGGGCAGAGGAACGGUUGGAGGAUGAACGUUUGGCGACAAUAAUCGAAAGGCUCAAGCAACAGGGUCUCCAUGAGUUUAUACAGUCCAACAUUAAGGAGGAUCCGUAUACAAAAAAAUAAAUGCACAGUUUUGUACAUAAAACCAGAA